GGCCGUGAUCGAGCUCCUGCGUUCUUGCUUAAUUUGAGUGGUCGGAUCGGCUACUGAGCUGGUGCGGCGGCGGCGGCUAAUCGGCGGCAUGAGGAUCGCGGUGACGGGCGCGACGGGGUACCUCGGCAGCCGCCUGUGCGGUGCGCUGGCCGACGCCGGCCACGCCGUGCGCGCGUUCGCGCUCCGCUCGGCGGGCGGCGGCGGCGGCGGCGGCGACGUCGAGGCCGGCCUGCUCCCGGCGUCCGUCGAGCUGGCGUACGGCGACGUCGCCGACGUGGAGUCCCUCGCCGCCGCCUUCGACAGGUGCGACGCCGUCUUCCACGUCGCCGCCGCCGUCGAGGCGUGGCUGCCCGAUCCCUCCAUCUUCAUCACGGUCAAUGUGGGAGGGCUCGAGAAUGUUUUGAAAGCUGCCAGGAGGACACCAACAGUAAAGAAAAUAGUUUAUACGUCAUCAUUCUUUGCCAUUGGCCCAACUGAUGGAUAUGUUGCAGAUGAGACACAGAUGCAUCAAGGAAAAACAUUUUGCACGGAGUAUGAGAAAUCAAAGGUUCUUGCAGACCAGAUCGCAUUGCAGGCAGCAGCAGAGGGGAUGCCAAUCACCAUCGUCUAUCCAGGAUUCAUGUAUGGUCCUGGAAAACUUACAGCAGGAAAUCUUGUUUCUCGCAUCUUGAUCGAGAGGUUCAAUGGGCGUUUACCUGGUUACGUCGGGCAUGGCCAUGAUCGAGAAUCAUUCUGCCAUGUCGACGAUGUUGUUGCUGGACAUGUAGCAGCAAUGGAGAAAGGCAGAGAAGGUGAAAGAUACCUCCUCACCGGAGAGAACACGUCGCUGGUUCAGAUCUUCGACAUGGCCUCCAGGAUCACGAACACAAAGGCGCCCAGAUUCCACGUACCCCUCUGGUUGCUUGAAAUUUACGGGUGGAUUUCAGUUCUUGUUUCAAGAAUCACCGGGAAGCUCCCGUUCAUCAGCUACCCUGCAGUGCGUGUUCUUAGGCAUCAAUGGGCAUACUCAUGUGAGAAGGCCAAGAAGGAGCUAGGGUACAGUCCUAGGAGCUUGACUGAAGGUCUAUCAGAGACGCUCUUAUGGCUCAAGGACAGCGAAAUGAUCAGAUUUUAGUGUUCUACAUUUCACUCAUGUAAACAUAUCAGCAUUGCUGUAACUGCAUAAAUAGUUAAAUCAAAGAAAACAUGUGGUUUGAAAUUUGAAGAUGAAUGCGUGCA